CCGCCUCUUCGUCCUCUCCAUCAGGAAGACCUCUUGAGCAUGAGUGUGCAGAUAGCGUCCGGGAUGGAGUAUCUUUCGUCGCAGCACUUCGUCCACCGCGAUCUGGCCUGUCGGAACUGCCUGGUGGGGGACUUGUGCGUCAAGAUCUCUGACUUCGGGAUGUCGAGAGAUGUUUACACCUGUGAUUACUAUAAGGUCGGAGGGUCUCGAAUGCUGCCGGUCCGCUGGAUGGCGCCCGAGAGCAUCAUGUACGGAAAGUUCACUCUGGAGAGCGACGUGUGGUCCUUUGGCGUUGUCCUCUGGGAGAUAUACUCCUUCGGGAAGCAGCCCUACUACGGAAACUCCAACGAGCACGUAAGUGUCUUGUCCCCUGACCGCCGUUUGUAAUCAUUCUC